UGAUGAGACGCACACAUACAACUCUUUUUUUUUUGAUUCUCACUUCUGAACUACUCUAAAUUAUACUUUCAAUUGAAUAUUUUUAUUUCGUUUGUUUUAAAUCUUUUUUUUGUCAACCUAUAAGUUUAAGUUAGUCACAUUCGGUUUUAAUUGUAAAUCACUUUUUUUUUCGUUGUUGUUAUUUUAAUCUCUUUCUUCGUUGCUCUCUCUCUCUCGCUUGCCGGUUUGUGAGAGUGGUUUUCUGUCGUACGAUGAGAAACGUCACAUUUUCGGACGACUAGAGAAUUGGUUGAUUGUGCGUGGUGCUCUUUUUUGUGAUUGUUUUCGCUCUUUGUUCAAAACAAUUUAGUGAAAACAUUUUAAUCGUGGAAAACUGUUCGGUGUAAAUCAUUUUUAGUUAAAAAAAAGACACACGGACAAAAGAAAUUAUCAGAGACAUAUAUUUUAAAGACAAAUAAAUGAAAGACAGUUUUUAAUCAAUCACCAUACAAUCGGAGACAUUUGUCAUCCAGUGAACAGCGUGUCGUGCUCUCGUUCAGUAAGGAAUAACGACUUGUAGCAAUUUUAUAGCUGCAUGUACACGCAAACAGUUUGUAUGCCGAAUUGAAGUGUAACAGACGAUUUUCACGCAGGCGAAAAGGAAUUUAAACCAGAUUUUUAAAUGCCAUCAACAACAAUCACUGGCAUGGCCCAUUACGAGAUGCUUGUUUCUCACAGUCCACCAGUUUUCAGUCACAGUCCACCCGCUUCAUUUUUAUCCGACUACGGACCAAAUGUUAACAUAUAUUUUGAUCCGUCAAGGUCGCUAUGCCGUUCACAAAGUUUAACACCGAUUCAAAGCCGACAAAAAUUCCAUCAAUUGACUAGUAAAAUGCCAACGGUACCAAAGCGACCAUGUUUAGUGGUGAAGAGUGAACACUUGCAAAACAACACAACAGAGAAUAAAAUUACAUCAAAUGAUCAAAAAGCAAAGAAGCGAGUGGUGUUUGCCGAUGAUAAGGGAAAAUCACUAACAGAGAUCCGUGUAAUGUCCGAACCAUCAAAUGUGCCGCCACUUUGGAGCAUUGAAUUUUUGUCGCACGUCACACAAGGAUUAAUAGCACCAGACGUCACAGAAGAAUGGUCAAUUUCAUUCAAACAACCGGCUUCAGAUUAUUUGAAUUUUAGACAAAAAUUAGAUAGUAAAAAUGUGUCAUUGGAAAAUGUCAUAAUCAAGGAGACCGAAUCGAUGCUAGUGGGAACGGUAAAAGUGAAAAAUCUUAGCUUCCACAAAGAGGUAUUGGUUCGAUCCACAUGGGACAAUUGGAAAACACAACAAGACACCGUUUGCACAUAUACACCGAUUUGCGGUGGUGGCGGUUCAUAUGUUCUCUAUGACACAUUCUCGUUUAAACUCACAUUACCCCCAUCGUCAGUGGUGCUCGAAUUUUGCGUAUGUUUUCGUGUCGACGACAAAGAACAUUGGGACAACAAUGAGGGCAAAAAUUAUAAACUCAUCAAAAAACGCUCAUCGUUCAUUGCUAGUCAUUCGCCCGGCAUUCUAAUGCAUAUGGAGGAACAAAAGAUCGGCAUCAAUUUGUAUGGGGGCAUGAAGAACGGUACACCAACAUACACCAAUCCCAUUUCAAUUCCAAAUGCGAAAUAUAACGAUUUGACACAGUCAAAGAUGACUUCAUACUCAGAAUUUGCAUCGUGGAACCAUUUAGAUCAUGAAUGCCCGUAUUGGUGAAAAACAAAUUAAACGCAAAUCGGUUUUCGAUUUUUUUUUUGUUUUGUUUUUAAAGAAAACGAGCUAAAUUCAUAAUAUACCCACAUACAAAAUCAGCACAUCAAGCGCCGCAAAGUAAAAAAUAAAAAUAACGAUGUACUGAUCAAUAUCAACAACAUUCAACACAAAUACAACACAGAGAUUUGACAUCACCCGGGAAGAAAACACACACACACACACAUACACUCAUCAUGACAGUUUUUUUUCUGUAUCCAAUGCGUUCAUUUUUUGCGUACACACACAAUGAUUGAAUGGCUACAAUGACGCGUGGACGAUACAUCUUCAAGGAAGCAGAGACGGAACUCACGAAUCAACGGGCAAAUGGCUAGACCAUAGCAAUACAAAACGGCAAUUUAUCUAUAUAUGUGUAAUACCAAAGUUUGAAUGGCAAUUUGAUUUUUUUUUUAUUUAAAUAUUUAGAGAAAGAGGGAAAGAACACAAAAUUCGUACAAAAAUUGUAUAAUACAGAUCGCUGUUGAUUCUUUACUUGUUAAAAUCGAAUGCUAGUGCGCAUGAUAUUGAAUGUAUUUUCUGUGUGUGUGUGAAUCCGAAGAUGAAUUGACGGCCUAAGAAGAAAACAAUAAAAUACAGAAUAUUCUGCAAAAAGACGAAUACAA